AUGGGUCCACCACUGCCUCAGUAUGCAGCUGGAUUGGUGUCACCUGUGGUGCUCCGCGCUACCGAAAACAAAACUUUCCAUGGAACCCUGCCUAAUGAGUUAGCUCAAUUGCUUCACCUGGAGUAUCUUGACUUUGGAUUCAAUUCAUUCACCGGGGACAUUCCUCCAAGCUUAGGUUCCUUACCUCAACUCAAAAGCUUGCCGCUAGAAGCCAACUUUUUCUUAGGAAAUUUACCAUUAUCAUUAUGGAAUAUAUCCUCAUUGCAAACAAUCAAUAUCAGUUACAACCAGCUUCAUGGUUUCAUGCCCUCCAGCAUCUUCAGCAGAUCUUCACUCAUGUCCUUAAUUGUGUUGGAUAUAGACAUUGCCAUAGAUUCUGCAGUAGAUGCAUUAUGCAUCCUAUGUAACCAUGCUCCAGAAGGUGUUUCAUGUCAAAUCCUUUGCAAGAGGACUAUAGGACUUAUUGCAAGGUCCUUGGCCACAAAUAGAUUGCAAGGUCCUAUUCCUCGGUCAUUUAGUUUUGCAGUAAGCUUGGAGUUCUUGGAUCUCUCUCAUAACAAUCUUUCUGGACUUAUUCCCAAGUCCUUAGAGACACUCUUGCAUCUCAAAUAUUUUAAUGUGUCUUUCAAUGGACUAGAGGGAGAAAUUCCUAGUGAGGGACCUUUCAGAAACUUCUCAGCUCAGUCAUACAUGAUGAACAAUGGACUUUGCGGUGCACCUCGCCUACAAGUUCCACCUUGCAAAAUUGGUCACAGGGGAUCAGCCAAAAACCUUAUGUUCUAUAUAAAAUUGAUUUUGUCAUUAGCACUAGUUGUGGUGGCAUUAUACACAAUCCUAUUCUUAAGAUGCCCGAAAAGGAACAUGCCCUUAAGCACAAACAUAAUUACUUAUGGAAGAUAUACAUGCCGAGAACUUCGACUUGCAACAGACGGGUUUGAUGAAGGCAACGUAAUUGGCUCUGGGAACUUCGGUACAGUAUACAAAGGGACACUUAGCGAUGGAAAGGUAGUUGCCAUAAAGGUUUUCGAUGUGGAAGAUGAAAGAAGUUCGAGUAGUUUCGAUGUCGAGUAUGAAGUAAUGUGUAAUGCCAGUCAUCCGAAUCUUAUCACCAUUUUCUGCAGCUUGAAUGAUAUUAAUUUUAAAGCCUUGGUGAUGGAGUACAUGGUUAAUGGCAACCUUGAAAAUUGGCUUCAUACUCACAAUUACCACUUGGAUAUCCUACAAAGACUAGACGUGAUGAUCGACACUGCAGCAGCAAUCAAACACCUCCAUUACAAUUGUUUAAGGACUAUUAUUCACUGUGAUUUAAAGCCAAGCAACAUCCUACUAAACGAAGAUAUGAUCGCACGCGUUAGUGAUUAUAGCAUUUCCAUAAUUCUAGAUCCAGAUGAACAGGAUUCUACUAAACAAAGCGAGUUUUUGUGCACAAUUGGUUGGCACCAGGGGAAAGAAGCCGACGGAUGAGAUGUUUUAUGGAGAAAUGUGCUUGAAGAAUUGGGUGGAGGAGUCAUUGGUACAAAAUCACAUAGCCAGAGUAAUCGAUCCAUGUUUGAUGGAGAAUGAUGAAGAAUGUUUUGAUGCAAAAAUUACAAGCUUGUCGCUCAUUAUGAGAUUGGCUCAAUUGUGCUGUUCAGAGUCACCUGCUCACAGGUUAAAUAUGAAACAAGUUGUCGACAUUGUCAAAGACAUCAAACAAUCCUUCGUUGCGAGCAUUUCCGGAGAUAUUCAUGGGAAAUUCAACUUGGAGAUCCUGAGAACAGAUCGCAUCAGAAAUAACAUGGAGAAGUUUGCUAAAUGGAGGAGGGAAAGCCUGUUGGACGCGUAACCUCACGGUGAAUGGUUUUAAUGGCAGGAGUAUAUCCUCUAACCAGCUUCCAUACCGUUGGCACUACCCACAGUGUUUUUUUUAAACAAGAAACGUUCUCUAUUUUUUAUUUAACUUCUUUCUUGGUGUAAUUAAGAUUUGUUUUAUUGAACUUCUUAUGUGUUUAUGACUCAAUUGAACCAUUUUUCUAGGACUCUGCUCCUUAUUUCAGUCAUAAGAGAACUUCUGUCUUCGUAUCAAUUGUCAGAGACUAUGAUAUUAUGAUGUAGUGAUGCUGAGCUUAGUUUAUGUAAUGAUGCCAUCUUCUUUUGAUUGUUCUUU